AGGACAUAUUCAAAUGCCUGAAAGUGGCGGGUGAAGGAUAUGCGGAUACGAAGUCAAAGCAGCUAGAGGCCUUGUUGUUCUUACUACAGAGCUUUGGUCAGUCACUAACGCUUGCCUGGCCGUACGUUUUCGCGAUGUUGUCGUCCAAUCUGGCGCCGCCCGCCCGAGCAUCAAGCGUACCUGAGGAUCCCACCGUGCCCGAGGACCAAUCAGAAACGGCGGUUGAUCCAACGCGAGACCCUCAGCACCAAUCAAAUGACGACAAUUCGGAUGGGGGUGCGAGUAUUAAUGUCGCAAAUAAUGUCGCAAAUAGUAUCACUGUCGCAAACACGCGGCUGGCCUUUGAGAGCUUACAGUUGGUGGUGGCGGACUUUCUAGGAGUACUACCGGUGCACUGUCUGCAUGCAUGCAUAGGUAUGCGUUUGUAA